GUCGUUUCCAUGGAAACCGCUGCCUCCCUAGGACAGAUGCUAAGAAGAUGAGAGUCAGGACAACCUCAGAAAUGAAAUAAGUACAAUUUACAAGGGUUAACCUCAUCAUAUAUUAUUAUUAUAUUAUAUUAUUCAGUUUGUUAUCGCCCGUUUGACCAGAAUGAACCGGUUUAAUUCCCCCGUCUCCGCUGAGGAGUACCUCGCCGACAGUAACGUGUUGUUCUACCUGAGCGACGCCGUGACUCAGCUGCUGGAACAUAAAGACGAAUACACGCAGUUCGGGGUCGUCCGAUACUUCGCUGAAUACUUCAGCAGCGUGAAGAACAGCAACCACGUCCUCUUCAGGGAGUUCAACUACAUCAGGGCGACUCCUCAUAACCGGGCCUCCUUCAUCAGAGUCUUCUGGAGAUGCUUCAGGCAGAUUGGAAAGAGUGGAGACCUGCUGUCCAUGCUGGAGUACAGGUCUCUGCUGCAGCUGCUGUGUCCAGACUUCCCGGUGGAGACGGUGCAGAGUGCAGCCAGAAUCGUUCUGAUGGACGACGCCAUCGACUGUCUCAUGUCUUUCUCUGACUUCAUCUACGCCUUCCAGCUGCAGUUCUAUUACCAAGAGUUCCUGGACAACGUGUUGAUGAUCUACCAGGACCUGUUGGCGGGGAAGAGUCCCAACACCGUCAUCGUCCCCACGUCCACCUCCAUCGAGCAGCUCCCCUCGGUGGCGGCGGAGGAGAACGACAAGGAGGAGCAGGACGGGGUGGAGGCGUCCACGCUGGCUCAGUGUGUGGACGCCCUGUGUGACCGCUUCAAACACAGCCACCCUCCCAGGUCGUGUUUGAAGGACGUCCUGGACCAGAUGGACAGAGUCUCUUACUACGGUCUCCUCAUGAGUCUGACCAAACACGACACCAUCAACCAAACAAUAGGAGCGUUGCCCAGUAAAGCCGAGCUCCUCGUUGACCCUGAGAUGGACCAGGAGCUGGACAAACUAAUCGCUCAGAUCUCCGUGAGCCCCGGCAGCAACAGCAGCGGCAGCGCGGUGGGGGGGCUGAAGGAGGUGCAGAGGAAGGCCUCCCCCAGGAGGAACAUCCACCACAGGAGGAGGAUGGAGGUGGAGAGCGACGGCUCCACAGAGGAGACCGACUCCUCUGAAAACUGACCUGUGACCUCCUCCUCCACCGUUAAUCACGUCUCCACCAGUUUGACCAACUUAACUUAAAACAUGUCGGUGCUUUAGUUUCUGGACCCUCAACCAUCAGUUCAUUUUAUCUCUUGUGAUCUUAGUGACAAAAUCUGCUAGAAAAACUGAACUGGUUCAUAUUUGUUUCUGCAUAAAUUUCUUAAACGAGACUUGUGCAGUUUUUUUGGAUGUGGACAUUUUUGUCUUUAAUGGAGGAAAACAAAAAGACAAAAGUGUCCAUUCAUGAUGUCUGAGGGUUAAAAGCUGUUUCUGAUCAGAGGUAUUACU